UCGGUUAAAAUGCAGCAUCAGAGCUAGCCGUGCACUGCUUAACGAUCAUGGCUCCAGUGACAGACCACUGCUCCUUCUCCUCCUUCUCCAAGUGCCUCACCCGCCACCUGAACCUCAGCCUGCAGGCGGACUUCUCCAGCCGGGUGCUGAGGGGGAGGGUGGCUCUGACUGUGGAGGUGCUGGAGGAUAAAUUCAGCUCUCUGACCCUUGAUACCAAGGACUUGAAGAUCUUUAAGGUGUCAGCCAAUGGUCAGGCUGCUAAGUUUGAACUGGGAGCCCAGCAUGGUUUUAAAGGCAGUCCUCUGGAGAUCACCCUGCCCUUUGAGCUCUCACGUGGUCAGCAUGUGAUUGUGGAGGUCGAGUAUGAGACGUCUCCGAGUGCCUCAGCACUGCAGUGGCUGUCUCCUGCACAGACCGCUGGGAAAAAACACCCCUAUCUUUUCAGCCAGUGUCAGGCCACUCACUGCAGGACGAUGGUGCCUUGCCAGGACACCCCGUCAGUGAAACACACCUACUAUGCCCAGGUGUCCGUUCCCAAAGAGCUGAUAGCUGUGAUGAGCGCAGUUCGAGAUGGACAAGAAGCGGACCCCACGGACAGCAGCAGGGUCAUCUACCGCUUCAGACAGCCGGUGCCCAUGCCUUCCUAUCUGAUUGCACUUGUGGUGGGAGCUUUAGAAAGCAGGGAGAUUGGGCCCAGGUCCAGGGUGUGGUCAGAGAAAGAGCAUGUGGACCAGGGUGCGUUUGAGUUCACAGAGACUGAGACUAUGUUGAAGACGGCUGAGAGUCUGGCAGGACCGUAUGUGUGGGGGCAGUAUGACCUGCUGGUGCUGCCUCCGUCUUUCCCGUAUGGUGGGAUGGAGAACCCCUGCUUGACCUUCGUCACACCCACACUGCUGGCUGGAGACCGUUCCUUGUCUAAUGUGAUUGCUCAUGAGAUUUCCCACAGUUGGACUGGAAAUCUUGUGACGAACAAAACCUGGGAGCAUUUCUGGUUGAAUGAGGGACAUACAGUAUAUCUGGAGAGAAUGAUUGGCAGAGCUAUGGAGGGUGAACAGUUCAGGCAGUUUAAAGCUAUUGGAGGAUUGAAGGAGCUGCAGGAGGCUGUGCACCAAUUCGGGGCCAAUAAUGCCGCAACCAAUCUGGUGGUGAACCUGGAAGGAGUUAAUCCCGAUGAGUGCUUCUCCUGUGUGCCGUAUGAGAAGGGAUUCGCUCUGCUGUAUCACUUGGAAGAGCUUAUGGGAGGCCCAGAGGUGUUUAUGGGCUUUGUGAAGUCCUACAUCCAAAUGUUUGCCUACAGCAGCGUGACCACAGAGCAGUGGAAGGACUACCUCUUCACCUACUUCAAAGACAAGGUGGACAUCCUGAAUAAAGUGGACUGGAAUGGAUGGAUGUACACUCCAGGAAUGCCCCCAUUCAAACCUCAGUACGACACCACCCUGGCAGAUGCCUGCAAUGCUCUUGCCCAGAGAUGGACAAAGGCUAAGGAUGCAGAUUUGUCUGGCUUCAGUGAGGCGGAUAUAAAGCAGCUCUCCUCUCAUCAGCUUAUUGAGUUCCUGGCUCUACUUCUGCUGCAGGAUCCUCUCCCCACGUCUCAUGUAAAGAGAAUGCAGGAGGUUUACAAGUUUAACAGCAUCAACAACUCUGAGAUCCGCUGCAGGUGGCUCCGUCUGUGUGUGAAAUCCGAGUGGGAGGAUGCUGUUCCCCUGGCUCUGAAGAUGGCCACAGAGCAAGGCAGGAUGAAGUUUACGCGUCCACUCUUCAGGGACGUAUACAACUUUGCCAAAUUCCGUGACGAGGCUGUUAAGGUUUUUAAGGAGCAUCGUAAUGAAAUGCACUCAGUCACAGCCAUGCUGGUGGCCAAGGACCUGAAAGUUGACCAAAGCACAGGCUUAUAACUCGGCUGCCUCAAAACUCAACCGCCCACACCUCCCCGCCACACUCACCUUUCUGUUCAGCUCUGCCAGCAGCGUGUUGAGUAAACCAGGUCUGAUCUGCAGAUACAUAAUCAGAUUUCAGUGUAGCCAGCAGACAGAUAUGUGGGGCUUGGCCUCUGUUUGCUCGGCUAAGUUAUCUCUUUGCAUCUUGAUGGAUGUCUCAAUCUCAGGGCAACAGGGGAACACACUGCUCCUCUGACCUUCACCAUCACUGUCACCUAUUGACACACGCUCUUCUUCAAGCCGUAGUUUCUCCUGUAGGUUCCUAUGCUGAGCAAUAAACUCAUCAUUUCACA